AUGGACUUUCCGCUGAACAAACCGUCGAAAUUGGAGCAGACUGACGAAGCCAUGCCCAUCAUUAGGGAAAUUCUGGGCGAGGACCUGGAACCCGCUGACAUUCAAUAUUGCCCAGUCACCAAGAACCUCUUGGUUCGCCUGGAGGACUUUUGCUCGCAGUCGAUGUUGGAGGAACUUCCAGUUCCGAGUUUGUCCAAGUUGAAGUCGAUUCACGACGGAAGCAAAUUCAGAGGCGUGAUUGUGACCGUGAUUGGAGGAGAUUCC